AUGCAGUCGGGGCUGGUGCUGGGCGCUUUGAGCUUGGCGCUGGCCGCGAGCAUGGCCGCAGCGGAGCGGGCCGACAAGUUCAUCGCAUCUCGCUCGGGCCUGAGCCCCUGGGUGGACGUCGACACGCCCGAGUCGGCCUACAACAUCACGUCGUCGCGCGGUCAGACGUGGACGCUCAUCAUGAGCGACGAGUUCAACGUGCCGGGCCGCAACUUCUCGCCGGGCGACGACCACCUGUGGACGGCCCUCGAGAUGCCCGACGGCGUCAACUCGGCCCUCGAGUACUACAGCGUCAACAUGACGGACACCGUGACGGAGUCGGACGGCCGCGGCGUGUUCCGGAUAAAGGUCAUGGAGGAGGAGAACAUCUCGUACACGGUGUGGAACACGUACGCCAAGCCCGCGGGCUUCGAGACGCACAGCAUGUACUACCGCGCGGGCAUGGUGCAGUCCUGGAACAAGUUCUGCUUCCAAGGCGGUAGAAUGGAGGCCGUGGCCAAACUACCGGCCACGCUGAGCUCCAGCAACCCGGACGUGGGCAACGAGAAGGCCCGCGUCAAGACCAACGCGUUCUACCCGACGUGGCCCGGCAUCUGGCUCAUGGGGAACUUGGGUAGAGCGCUCUUCUCCCAGUCCACGAGUCGCAUGUGGCCCUGGAGCUACAACGAGUGCAACGAGAAGCUCAGCUCGAGCCAACGCAUCAGCGCGUGCGACGGUAGUCCGGGCCACGGCCUCAACCCCCACCAGGGUAGAGGGGCCCCCGAGAUCGAUCUACUGGAAGGGGGCGGCAUCGCCAUCUCGACGAGUAUCCAGGUCGCGCCCGGGAUGCCCGACGCCUUCCGUAUCAUCCCUCCCGCUGCCAACGACACGAGCGCGUACUGCGUCUACACUGGGGACUGCACGACGGUGGGCGCCAACUUCCCCGGCAUCCCCAAGAAAACCUACGACGCUCGAGGACACGACAGUUGGUACCAGGGGCUCCGCUCCAACAAGAAAUGCUCGUCACCUCUCGGCGCGGAGGAGUCCAAGAGAUACCUCAUGGAGCCGUUCGAGUACCAAAUGGACGCCAUCUCGGCCAAUUGGCCCGUCCAGCUAGCGGCGUACACGAGCUACGUCAAGUACCAGGUCGAGUGGGUCAUGGGGUCCGAGGGGUACAUCCGCUGGAUGCUUGAGGACGUCGUGAUCUUCGAGAUCCCAGCCGAGAGCAUUGAAAACAUGCCGCAGGAUGCCGCCAAGUCCAACCCGAAGAAGAUGAUGCUGGAGGAGCCCAUGUACAUCAUCUUCAACGUCGCGCUGUCCACGAGCUGGGGCGCCGUGCCUCCAAACCCCGGAUCCCCGUGCCGUGGUGAUGGCAGCGACGCCAAGAUUAACGCGAUUUGCGACGGGUUCCCCAUGUACAUGACCAUCGACUACAUCCGCAUCUACCAGGACCUCUCGGACAGCUCCACCAUGUCCGUCGGCUGUGAUCCUUCCACCCACCCGACCAAGCAGUGGAUCGAGGACCACAUCGACGAGUACGAGACGGCUGACAACAAGUGGAUCGAAGUCCACGGCGGAGCGAACUGCAAGACGGACCGCGACUGCACCGGCUUUGGCCCACCGACUGUCGUCUCGAGCCUGUUUGGCGCCUUUAUCAUCAUUGUCUUCGGCUAUGUCGUGUACAAGAUCUUGAGCCAGCGGAGUAAGAAGGCGAUGAUUGUGGGCGCUGGUGUCACUGGACCUGUGAUCCUGUCCAAGAUCGAGAUGGACGAUGUCCCACGCUCGAACGCGAGCGGCUCUGAGGACAAAGUGGUCUAG